AUGAGGAUUUCCGAUGCCUCCCACCACCUGAAGAAGACGUCGUUGUGGGACUACGGGAACCAAGCGGAUGCAGAGGAUGUUCUCACGUCGCCGGACAUUCUCAGCAAGGCCACUGCAACUAUCCGAGCCAGUCUUGGCGUGAACAAUCCAGAGACCAUUUGGAGGUCGUUGGGGCGGCACCUGGAGAAGCAACUGAUGCAACUGAAGGCAGUGAACAUCACAAGCUUCGGUGCUUUCGGUCUUAGUCAGAGCAAUGACCUGGUUUUCGUGCAAGACCCGGUAUUUCUGCGCAUGACGCGGCUGUGCUUGGCAUCUCGAAAGCGUGGGAACCUCGUGGCGCCUGCGUUAGGACCCAGUGAACACGUUGAGGACAUCGAUGUCAAUGGGCUAGCUGCUGAAUAUCUGCAUAACUGCAGUAAGGACCUGGCGAAGACCGUCAUCUCGAGUGUCUUUGCGUGGGUGACAGCGUGGGCCAAGGAUGGUCAACAGAUGCGGUUGAGUUUUCUUCCGGUCGGUGAGUGGAUUUGCGACGGCGAAAGUGUGGACUUCCGCUUCUCGGAGUCAUUCCGCACAGAGGUUGCGCUCAGGAAGGCGGAUAAGGAUAAGCAAGAGGCAGGGGUGGCAGAGAUUGCUGGAGGUGAUGGUGACAGCAUGAACAACAACCAGUUCGACAACCAAGAACCGCUCGGAGAUCAAAUUAUGUGUCCGCCUCAUUCUCCUCGUGGUUCUACGGGUAGUGAGAAGCUGGAUUGCAAUACUGCAAAGGGUAACAUCGCGGUGGAUACCUCUUCUGCUGCUGCCAAAGCUGCAGCAAUACAAAGCACGUCUCCGACUGGACGCUCUCGUUACAAGCUACGCGCGCCAACUUUCUCAUCGAUAGCGAAGCAGCUUCCGCCACAUGGCCAGAGACGCAAGAAGCGUACUGACUCUUCUGUUGAGGUGAUGUCAAGCAACAGCAAGGCGAAGACGGGUACUAAGAAGAAACCCAGCGCCGGGGGUCGUGGUGUGACUCGUGCAGCAAAACAAGUCGGAUCUGUAUCGCCAAAACUCGAUCCGAUUGAAUUCGACUCUGAGACGGAAGAAAUUAUCGCCGCAAUUAACAACAUUCGCCCUGGGACGGCAUCUACCUGCAGUGUUCGACCUUGCAAGGGCGCUGGUGUCGUGAACGUUGACGAGAUGAUCAAGCACUAUGAUGUGGGCGUCCUUCCGCAAGUUCGUGAAGGAAAGCAGAGUAAGUUGGAAGCUCUUAAAGCGUUUCUUCAAGAAUGGGGAUUCGUGUGCAAUUCGACUGGCAGCACCAUUACGUUUGAUGCAUUCGUCCGGUACUAUCAGAAUGUUAGUGUAUGCAUCAGUAGCGAUGCCGACUUUGAACUACUGAUGCACCAAACUUGGCGUUUACCAGAGGAACGCCAAGACGCAGAAAAUGAGCCACCCUCGAGAACAAACGGCAAGAAUGAAACACUCAAUGGGGUUGAGACGGCAAAUAUCGAGAAGGAUACUCACCCAAGCAAAGCGUGGUCGUAUCUUCGAGCGUUGCUGCUUUUCCCUGAGCGAUACCAAACUGGAAUCAGUAGCUGGCCGACGCUGGAUAAUAUGUGUCGGCGACUUGGAGCCAACCGAGUGCUCGGUGACGGAAAUGAGAUCAUGAAUAUCAAGGCUUUUGCUCACUCGCUCGCUACACUGGACAAGCGCUUGACGCAGAAGGAUGCGUACGAUCUGUCGUGCUUUGUGGCUGACCAUUGCGCACCAUCGCUCGAUGACAGUGAUACGAUUGUGCUUUCGUCGCUAUAUCGUCUACUGACGACUUCGUGGAACGAACAGGCUACCUCCGAUGCAGUUGACUACAAUUACGUCGAGUACUACGCGUCCAAAGCCAUCGAACGACUUCUAGCUCGCGUUAACGGGUUUCAAACCGGAUCAUCCCACGCUGAAAGACAGUCAGCAGUGGGUCUGAAUACGCUGGAGAAGUGGCUGCACUCGUCUUGCUCCAACGGCGAGUCCCUCUUGAUGAAGUACGAGUUAAGAAGCGCUCUCAUGAAAGUCGGCCUUGAUAUCGGCUACCAGGACCUGGAUUAUCUCUUCGCGUACUUUGAUGCCGAUCACCUGGGCUUCAUCAACUACCUGACUUUGUUAGAGGCUCUCCGCAGCCCAUCGAACAUGCUUCCGAAGAUGUCAGGGCAUCAAGAAAAACCGUCGACACAUGUAGAGGCGAAACCAGUGGAUGAUUCGCCAUUUCAGCAACCAAUUUACGCUGCAGCACCACAGACCACGGCUCGCCGACGAAGACAAGCUGCAGCCCGAGAGCCGCAGCUCGAUUUCCGUCGCCGAAACUUGAUCCAUCGAGCCAUUUGGGACCAAACAAGGAAGAACGAGAUGUCAGACACUAGUGACAGGUUCGGUAAGCUUGAGAUUGAGCGACGCCGUCGCUAUCGAGCCGCCCAGAGUAUCCAGACAACUUUCCGCGCGUUCCGAGCUCGACAAAUUGCAGCUCAGCUUCGUCGCAAAGCGGCUGCCAGAACUUAUCGCUUCAACACGCUGGCCAAAGAGCAUCAGCAACGGCUUGCCAAGAAGAUGAAAGCGAACAGAACCGUUCUACCAACGGCCUACGGCUUUUAA